UAGCUGCAGAUUGAUUCUUUGCAUUAUUCAUUUGGAAUUGACGAUUUUCGUUUACAAUUCAAGUAAACGAGAAGUAGUCCUGGGUAUGCAAAAUCAAAAUGAAAAACGCAUGUUUGGUUGUUGUUACAUGAUAAAGAUACAACUACUUACUCUACAAUAAUACAAGCACCUUUGUUUCACUCAUCUCUCUCCUCUUUCCUUUGCUUACAUGAUCGGCAAGCUCAAACUACAUAAUCUCUCUCUCUCUCUCUCUCACAUGCAAGAAUGACUUGUUAAUAUGUGUGCAUACUAAAAAUGGAAAGUAUAUUAUUUUUAGACAAUACGGUGUCUUCCGUGUACACAUGAUUCUUGUCUCUUGAGUGUUGAACAUCGGCGAAGAAAGAGAUCUUUGGAACUUAACACAUCAUCAAAGUAAAGAAUACUUUUAUCACCCUUCUUUCUUAAGUUUUUCUUAAAGCUUUUCUUGUUAUCUCAAUUUCAUAAUAUCCUACUUGCACUUUUCAGUUUUCACUGCUUAUUUUGUCUUGGACUUUGUGUAGUGUCUCAAAAUUAUUAAUUUUUGGAAUUUCCCAUUUGUGGAAAUCUCAGUUUAGCUGACUAAGAUUCAGUGAUCAGUCAAUAGUGAACUCUCUAGGAAGUUUCCUUUGAUUAAUUAGGGAAUAAAUUUAAGGAAUUGAAUGUUUGUUUGUUUGUUCAACUUUUUGUUGUGUUUAACUUUUUCAUUGUGUAUAUAAUAUGGGCUUACUUCAUUCAUAGGGAAUGUCAUGAUUGUUUGAGUUGUAUUGGAUGAUUCUUUUGUAUUAUAAGUGGAAUUUGGAAAUGGCCAAGUUGAAUAUUUGAGGGGGAGGGGGAGGUUGAAAUUUGUGUAUAUUGUAAAAGAAAUGUCUUCUGCUAGGAUGAGGGGGAUACACUUUAGCAAACUGUAUUCGUUUUCGUGUUUCCGGACGCUGUUUAAGGAUGAACAUAGUCGUCUUGGGGAGAAAGGGUAUUCUAGGAUUAUAUACUGUAAUGAUCCUGAUAAUCCAGAAGCAGCGCAGCUAAGGAAUAGGCGGAAUUAUGUUUACACAACAAAAUACACGGUUGUUAAUUUUAUCCCUAAGUCUCUGUUUGAGCAGUUUCGAAGGGUUGCCAAUAUUUACUUUCUUGUUAUAGCUUGUGUUUCGUUUAGUGAGUUGGCUCCGUACACUGCUUAUAGUGUUCUUGGACCCUUGAUAUUGGUUAUUGGAGCUACUAUGGCAAAGGAAGCGGUGGAAGACUGGAGGCGGAGAAAACAGGAUAUAGAGGCAAAUAAUAGAAAGAUCGAAGUCUAUGGCAAGAGUGGCACCUUCGUUGAAAGAUGGAAAAACCUAAGAGCUGGCGAUUUGGUAAAGGUUUACAAAGACGAUUACUUUCCUGCUGAUCUGCUUCUGCUUUCAUCAAAUUAUGAUGAUGGAAUUUGUUAUGUCGAGACCAUGAACCUUGAUGGAGAGACUAAUCUAAAGUUGAAACAUGCCCUCAACCUUACAGCUUCACUACGAGAUGAUGAUUCAUUCAAGCAUUUUAAGGCAGUGAUCAAGUGUGAGGACCCAAACGAAGAUCUUUAUUCCUUUGUAGGAACUUUGUCCUAUCAUGGUCAGCAGAGUCCACUUUCUUUGCAGCAAAUGCUAUUAAGAGAUUCUAAACUUAGAAAUACAGAGUAUGUCUAUGGUGUAGUUGUUUUUACAGGGCAUGACACAAAAGUUAUGCAAAAUGCUACAGAUCCUCCUUCUAAGAGAAGCAAGAUUGAGAGGCGAAUGGAUAAAAUAAUCUACAUCCUCUUUGGUGUUUUAAUCUUGAUAUCUUCAGUUGGAUCUGUAUUCUUUUGGCUAUCGACUAGGAAUGACAUUCGCAAUGGAGAACUUGAUAGGUGGUAUCUUCGACCUGAUGACACAACCGUACUUUUUGACCCUAAAAGAGCUCUACUGGCUGCAUUUCUCCAUUUCUUGACAGCUCUCAUGCUGUAUGGGUAUUUGAUACCAAUUUCAUUGUAUGUAUCGAUUGAGCUUGUCAAGGUUCUACAAAGUAUAUUCAUUAACAAAGAUCAAGAGAUGUAUUAUGAAGAAACAGAUAAGCCAGCACAUGCACGCACAUCUAAUUUGAACGAGGAACUUGGUCAGAUUGACACUAUUCUUUCUGAUAAAACGGGUACUUUGACUUGCAACUCUAUGGAAUUUGUCAAAUGUUCAAUUGCAGGUGUUAGUUAUGGUCGUGGUAUGACAGAAGUGGAAAGGGCUCGUGCCAUGAGAAAAAUAUAUGAGCAUCCUGAAGUUGGUGACAGUUUAACUAACUUGCUAAAAACAAGUGAUGCUGAAGUUGGCUCAUCAAAGUCAAUCAAGGGUUUCAACCUAAGUGAUGAACGGAUUAUGGAUGGGAAAUGGGUCAGAGAACCUAACCGAGAUAUAAUAGAGAAUUUCUUGAGAGUAUUGGCACUCUGCCAUACUGCAAUACCUGAUGUGAAUAAAGAAUCAGGUAAAAUAUCGUAUGAAGCGGAAUCACCAGAUGAAGCUGCCUUUGUCAUAACUGCUCGAGAGCUUGGUUUUGAGUUUUACGAAAGGACUCAGACAAGAUUAUUUUUGCAUGAGUUAGAUCCCUUGAACAGGAGAAUGGUUAACAGGUCAUAUGAGCUUCUUCAUGUCUUAGAGUUCAGCAGCGCUCGUAAGAGAAUGUCUGUUAUUGUGAAGACUGAAGAUAAUAAAUUGAUGCUCCUUAGCAAGGGUGCUGACAGCAUAAUUUUUGGAAGACUCUCGGAUGAAGGGCGUGGCUUUGAAGCUGAGACAAAGGAGCAUAUCAGUCAAUAUUCUGAGGCAGGUUUACGUACUUUGGUGGUUGCAUAUCGCGAGCUUGGUGAAAAAGAGUAUAAAUUGUGGGCACAUGAAUUCUUCAAUGCCAAAACAUCUCUAGCUGCAGACCGAGAUGAAGUGUUGGAUGCAACUGCUGAUAAAAUUGAAAGAAAUUUAAUCCUUCUAGGUGCAACAGCUGUUGAGGACAAAUUGCAAAAGGGGGUUCCUGAGUGUAUUGACAAGCUUGCUAAGGCUGGAAUCAAGAUAUGGAUCUUAACUGGGGAUAAGAUGGAGACUGCAAUCAAUAUUGGGUAUGCUUGUGGCUUACUGAGACAGGGAAUGGAGCGGAUUGUAAUUUCGUUGGACAAUCCUCAUAUCGAUGCCGUGGAGAAACAGGGGGACAAGGAAAUGCUGGCAAAGGCUUCCGGUGAAAGUAUUGCAAGGCAAAUACAAGACGGUCGUUCGCAGCUUAGGUCCUUUAAGGAGAGUCCCAUUGAUUUCGGUUUGAUAAUUGAUGGCAAGUCCUUAAAUUUUGCCCUGAGCGACGGUUUAGAGCAUUCAUUUUUGGGGCUUGCACUUAGUUGUGUCUCUGUAAUCUGCUGUCGCUCUUCACCUAAACAAAAAGCUCUUGUUACGAGAUUGGUUAAAGUUGGAACAGGAAGCACAACACUAGCCAUUGGUGAUGGGGCAAAUGAUGUUGGCAUGCUUCAAGAGGCUGACAUAGGUGUUGGUAUUACUGGUGUUGAGGGUAUGCAGGCUGCAAUGUCUAGCGAUUUUGCAAUAGCUCAGUUUUGUUACCUUGAACGAUUGUUGCUGGUACAUGGUCAUUGGUGCUACAGGAGGAUUGCAAUGAUGAUAUGCUACUUCUUUUACAAGAACAUAGCAUUUGGUUUAACGUUUUUGUGGUUCGAGGCCUAUGCUUCUUUCUCUGGACAAGCUGCGUAUAAUGAUUGGUAUAUGGCAUUCUAUAAUGUGUUCUUCACUUCACUUCCAGUGAUUGCUCUUGGCGUUUUUGAUCAGGACGUUUCUGCACGACUUUCCCUAAAGUAUCCUCUUCUAUAUCAAGAGGGAGUCCAAAACACCCUCUUCAGUUGGUCUCGCAUACUCGGAUGGAUGUUUAACGGGUUCAUCAGUUCAGUGAUAAUAUUCUACUUCACCACCAACUCCAUCACACUCCAAGCUUUUCGCAGCGAUGGCCAUGUUCUCGACUAUGAAAUCCUUGGGGUCACAAUGUAUACCUGUGUCGUAUGGGUUGUGAACUGCCAAAUGGCGAUCUCCAUAAACUACUUCACUUGGAUUCAGCACUUUUUCAUUUGGGGCAGCAUUGCUUUUUGGUAUCUCUUCAUAAUCAUAUAUGGUUAUCUGCCACCCACAAUUUCAACAACAGCAUACAAAGUCCUCGUAGAGGCCUGUGCACCGAGCCCUUUCUUCUGGCUAGUCACCCUUCUUGUUGUGGUUUCAGCCCUGGUUCCCUAUUUCACAUACAGAGCUUUUCAGACACGGUUCCAUCCAAUGUACCAUGACAUAAUUCAGAUAAGCCGAUCAGAAGGCCGGGAGAAAAUGAGUCCUGCAGAGUUAACUGAACAAGGCAAGGAUGGGUCAAUAUCUAUAACACAUAUAGAGGAUUGAAUAAAAGCUUGUCAUGAAGAUGUGGAUAGAGAUUUACUUCGCUUUCUAGUGAUCCGAUCCCUAACUAAUCUAACAUUAGAAGCCAAAGGCCAGAGGUUUUUUCUUGUGUGUUUCUUUCCUUGCAGAGACUGAGGUUUGUGUAGAGUGUAGUAAUGUAGUAUGCCUGAGUGUUGUUUAUAUGUGAUUGUACAUCAAGCCAAGUUAUAGUGCAUGUUUAUCUUAUAUUAACUAUUUACAGUGGCAGAAAGUGUGAGUAUGCAGUGUGUUAAUAUUUGCUGCUGGUUCAGUUGUGUAAACUUGGGUGAUACAUCAGAAGCAGUUUUUAGUUAAA